AUGAGGCGACGAACCAAAUCAGCCGCCCACGCCGCGCUGCACGUCCUUUUCGGCUCGCGGCUGAAUCUGCUCCUGCCGUGCGGCCCUGCGGCGCUUUUGGCAGCGCGCCUCGGCAUCGGCGACGAGAUCUCUUUCCUACUCGCGCUUGCAGCGCUCUGCCCGCUCGCCGAGCGCAUUGGCUACGCCACGGAGCAGGCGGCGCUCCACACUUCGAGCCAGGCUGGCGCGCUGCUCAACGCCACCUUUGGCAACGCGACUGAGCUCAUCGUGUCGCUCUGCGCCAUCCGCGAGGGGCUGCUGCGGGUGGUGCAGCUCUCGCUACUGGGCUCGGUCCUCUCGAACCUGCUGCUCGUGCUCGGCUGCGCCUUCUUCUUUGGGGGCGUGCGGCACGCCACGCAGCGAUACGACCAAAAGAGCGCAGAGGCGCACGCCGCAGUCCUGGUCCUGGGCGCCGUGACUAUGGUUGUUCCGGACGUCCUCGGCGAGGGCGAGACAAAGUCGUCGCGGCACGAGGACACGGAGAGCGACGUGCUCUCGCUCUCGCGGUGGGUCUCCGUCGUGCUCCUCUUCUCCUACGCGAGCUUGAUCGCCUUUGAGCUCGGCAUCUCCCCCGCACCUCCCGAGAUCUCCCCCCCUCUCUCCCCCUCUCCCGAGGAGGAGGAGGUGGAGGAGGAGGAGGAGGAGGAGCUAAGCUUCCGCCAGUCGACCGUCGCGCUGGCGCUGCUGUGCGCUGCCACGGCGGGACUGUCCGAGGUGGUUGUCGGGUCGAUCCAGGGGGCCGCGGCGGGUGCGAAGGUUCCACUCGCAUUCGUCUCCACCAUCUUGCUGCCCAUCGUCGGAAACGCCGCCGAGCACGCGUCCGCGGCCUUAGACGCGGUCGCCCUCGCCGCCAGGAACAAGCCCGACCUCGCCAUCGGAGUCGCGGUCGGGUCGGCGACGCAGAUCACGCUGCUGGGCUUCCCGGCGUCGGUGCUCGCGGCGUGGGCAUAUGGCGAGCCUCUCUCGCUCGAUAUGCUUCCCUUCGAGACGGCCUGCCUCGUGCUCACCAUCCUCGGCGUGGCGACGGUGCUGCCCUCUGGCCGCUCCAACUGGCUUAAGGGGCUUACUCUCAUCAGCCUGUACGUGGUCAUCGCUCUCGCAUUCCUUUUCCAUGACUCGUCGGAGACGCGCGCGCCGGCGGCCGCGAAGCACAAGCGGCUGGGCUGA